UUGCAGUAUCAUAAGAUGCGGAGAGGCUGCUCAGCCUAUCAGAGACAAGCGCGUGUAGACAUGCAGCCAAGGUUCCUACUCCUCGUUGUGGUCGCCAUGACCAUGGGACAGACAGCAGCAGCCACAACAACUGCUGCGGAGACGGCUAUCGCUGAAACACAGAAAGACCAGCAGUAUCUCGAGUCUGGUGUUGACCGGCUCGGUGGGAUGUCCACGUCGGAACAACAUGCGGUGUUCACGUCAACAAAGCCAAAAGCAAUAACGCUUGGUAAGAUAUACAGGGAGAAACUUCUCGCGAAAAUUUCCCUGAACGCACGGCCUGCGUCAGCCACAGCAAAUGACAGCUGCAGCAGCUCCAUGGUGUGUAACAAGACCGACAUAUUCCGGUCAGCGGACGGCAACUGCAACAACAUCCAGCAUCCUGACUGGGGAAAGAGCUUCAUCCCAAUGAGGAGGUUCCUUCUGCCACAGUAUGACGAUAAUAUAUCAUCGCCGCGAACCACUGGAAGUGAUGGGACCUCGCUUGUAAGCCCUCGUCUAGUAAGCACCAAUUUGCACACACCUGACGUCGACGCCACGUCACAGAGUGACGUCACACACAUGGUCAUGCAGUGGGGUCAGUUCCUGGAUCAUGACAUCACCAAUACCCCUAUUGAACGAGGCACGGACGGAGCCGCCAUAACGUGUUGUGAGGAUGACGUCAAACGUGAGACCCUCUCCGCCGCCUUGAAUCUCACUGCCAGACAUCAGUGCUUCAACAUUGCCGUGCCACCAGGGGAUCGAAGGUUCAACCGCACAUGUCUCAACUUUGUCCGAUCAGUGCAAGUGGCCAACACAAACUGUGGCAUUAUUCCAGCAGAGCAGAUGAACCAACUGACGGCUUACAUUGAUGCAUCGCAGGUGUAUGGCUCCACAGAAGAGGAACAACAUGAACUCCGAGCUGACACCGGAGGACUGCUGAGAACAUCAUCUGACAAUCCAGAACUGCUUCCAAGAAACUCUGCGACGGACUGUGUCACUUCCGCUAAACCCAACUUCUGUUUCAGGGCCGGUGACGAGAGAGUGGACGAGCACAUGUCUCUGGCAAGUAUGCACACCAUCUGGCUGCGGGAACACAACAGAGUGGCCAGAAAGCUUGCACGUAUCAACCCACACUGGGAUGAUGAGCGGCUCUUCCAGGAAACCAGGAGGAUUCUGGGAGCCAUGAUACAGCACAUCUCCUACGCCGAAUUCCUUCCCCUCGUCCUCUCACCCAAGUUUCUCAUCAAGUUUGGUCUCCGACCAUCGACUGGUCCUGUUAAUAUUUACAAUGCCAGUAUUGAUGCCAGUGUUCGCAAUGCCUUUGCUACAGCUGCCUACCGCUUCGGCCACUCCAUGAUAAGAUCCUUCUUUAGUCGCCCAAACAAGAGAUUUAGGGGUAAAAAAAAUCUUCAACUUAGAGACUCAUUUGGAAAUACAUCCAUAAUUCUUUCAACUGCUGGCGAUGCUGUAAACGAACUAACAAGAGGGCUCCUGGUCGAUAGGGCCAAUUCUGUUGACAGACACAUCUCCCCUGAGCUUACAGACUUCCUCUUCCCAGAUGAUGAAGGUAACAGUCUCGAUCUGACGGCCUUAAACAUUCAACGUGGCCGCGACCAUGGCCUACCAGGGUACAAUGCUUGGCGGAGGUGGUGUGGACUCCCAGAAGCUGAAAACUUCUCAACCAGCCCUGGAGGUCUUGUGGAUCAUCCUGAUGAUGCUGCAGCUGCUCUGCAAUUGCUGUACAGAUCACCCGACGACAUUGAUCUGUUCUCUGGAGGCAUAUCAGAACGUCCUGUUGCCGGCGGACUGUUGGGAAACACUUUCUCUUGUAUUGUCGGCCGCCAAUUCGAGCUGUUAAAGAUCGGUGACAGAUUCUGGUAUGAGACCAAUGACGAGUAUGUCGGAUUUACGCAAGAUCAGCUGACUGAACUCCACUACACGUCUCUGUCCCGCGUGGUCUGCGACAACAUCAAGACCAAGAAUAUCCAACCUAAUGCCUUCAGAAACGCUGCACCAGGGAACGACCUCACGUCAUGCAGUCAACUGCCCAAGGUCAAUCUGAGUGCCUGGCGUGAGACUCAGAAGGGUGUGUGGUCGGCCUGGUCAGCGUGGUCAGACUGUAAACGCGGACGGAGGAAUCGGAUCAGGACUUGUGUGCAGACAGGUCUGAAAUGUACAGGGUCGAAGAAGGAGAAGGAGGCAUGCGGUUCAGACUGUGCGUUUCAGCAGUGGGGAUCAUGGGGCAACUGUGUGAAGGGCUGCCGUUACAGGAGACGGGGGUGCGACUGCAGAUCGUGCGGCCCCGCAAGCGACUUCGACACUGACAAAUGCAAGAAAAAGGGGAAGAGUCGUAGCAAGCGUUUUUGUAGACGAUUGUAUGGGAACGUGAAACCAUGGUACUUCGACACAACUGUGUCAAAAUAAAUACUGUUUGACAUGAUA